AUGAGUAAUCCAUUCGGUAACCAUAACGGAGAGCUUGAAGACGACGACUUGUUCGGCGAUUCUGCUCCGCCUUCCGCUCCAUCCACAUUUCCAGAUCAAGCUCCUCCUGUUGCCAACAUUUCUCCUACGGCCACAGCAGCCAUUCCCACUACCUCGUCUCCUGGCCCUAAUCGUAUGGGUCCGGGUCCUGGUCGAUCUGUGGCUGGAUCUAGAACCCAUUCCCGUCGCUCUUCCCAUAUGUUGUCGUCGGGAGACAUCUACAACGGCGGCUCUUACUAUCCCACCAGCAUGGCUGGUGCCCCAUCGUCAUACUCUAUUGCGCCUUUCGGCUCAAGCCAAUCGCAGCAACAGCACGCUAGCCCGCUGCCAUUGUACGCGCAUCAACCACACCAAAGACAGCCCAGCUCAUCGUACCUGACGAUGAUUGACGACGACGCCGAUUACUUCUACGAGAAACUUGACUACCUGAGAUCCAACCCUAACUUAGCUAAUACACCUAAAAGGGGAAAAGCAGUGGCUUUUG